CAUAUCUCACCUUUACUCGCUCAAUAUAGAGGUUUCAUCUACCAUUGAACAAAGUCUGUAGUUUCAAGCUCUUUAACCAUGGCCAUCUCCAAGGCUUUGAUUGCUUCUGUUCUCAUUUCUCUUCUCGUUAUCCAUGUAGCUGAAGCUGAUCAGAAGCAGGGUUCUCUCCCGGCAAAAAUGGACUGUGGAGGAGCAUGUGCUGCCAGGUGUCAGUUAUCUUCGAGGCAGAACCUGUGCAAGAGGGCGUGUGGGACCUGCUGUGCCCGCUGCAACUGUGUUCCUCCGGGGACUUCCGGCAAUCAUGACGUCUGCCCCUGCUACGCCAGCAUGACCACCCGUGGCAACAAACCCAAGUGUCCUUGAAAGUUGAAACAUAAACAUAUGCCGGUGGUGUUUAAUUAUGUCUUUAUAACCUUGAGAGAAAAAUAAAAAGGGUGGUGGAUCGAAAAUGAAAUUGUGUACUAAAAAUAGAAGACUGUCUUUCUUGUGUAAA